GCUUACUUCUCACUACAAAGCAAGUUCUAAGAUAUGGGAGCCUUGGGACAGCCAAGGCCUUAUUGGCUAAUUUCAGUGUUUUAUGGUUUGGCAUUGUGCUACUUAGCUAGUACCACUGUUCUUGCUAACAGUCCUUACACUUAUUCUUCACCAUCACCUCCUCACCAUGCUAAGUAUCCUCCUCCUAGGUAUCAGUCCCCGCCACCGAAGUAUGUGAAAGAUCCCCCAUAUCACUACAAGUCACCACCUCCACCAUCAUCUUCACCGCCACCACCAUAUGUCUACAAGUCUCCACCGCCCCCAUCACCUUCACCUCCACCUCCCUAUGUUUACAAUUCUCCUCCGCCCCCAUCACCAUCACCCCCACCUCCAUAUGUUUACAAAUCUCCCCCACCCCCAUCACCUUCACCACCACCACCAUACGUUUAUAAGUCACCACCACCACCAUCUCCAUCACCACCUCCUCCCUACGUUUACAAGUCUCCUCCACCACCAUCUCCAUCACCUCCUCUUCCUUACGUCUACAAAUCUCCACCCCCACCAUCACCAUCACCACCUCCACCAUACGUCUACAAGUCCCCGCCUCCUCCUUCUCCAUCACCGCCACCUCCAUACGUUUACAAGUCUCCACCCCCACCGUCACCAUCACCACCCCCACCAUACGUCUACAAGUCCCCACCCCCUCCAUCUCCAUCACUCCCACCUCCAUAUGUCUACAAGUCAUCACCUCCUCCUUCCCCAUCGCCUCCUCCACCCUACAUUUAUAAGUCACCACCACCACCCUCACCCUCAUCUACUCCUCCUUAUGUAUACAAGUCCCCACCACCUCCUUCCCCAUCACCUCCACCUCCUUAUGUUUACAAAUCUCCACCACCACCUUCUCCAUCCCCGCCUCCACCAUAUGUGUACAAGUCCCCACCUCCUCCAUCUCCCUCACCACCACCUCCAUAUGUCUAUAAAUCCCCGCCACCUCCUUCCCCAUCACCUCCUCCUCCCUACAUUUAUAAAUCACCACCACCACCCUCACCAUCACCUCCACCUCCUUAUGUAUACAAGUCCCCACCUCCUCCAUCUCCAUCUCCACCACCUCCAUAUAUAUACAAGUCUCCCCCACCACCAUCUCCCUCAUCUCCUCCUCCUUAUCACUAUAAAUCUCCUCCUCCCCCAGUUUACACUACUACAAGUCCAGCAUACUACUACAGGUCCCCUCCACCUCCACACCACUACUAGGCCUACGUACGACUAUAGCUACAUUAGACAAUUGAAUCAGUUGGAAUAAUUAACUUCGAUCUUUGUCUUUGGAUUUGGUAUACAUUUUUUUUUUGUUACAGAUUUGGUAUACAUUUUUUGUUGUUCCCUUUUGUAAUAUUAUUUCUCUUCCGAAACACAAUAAGUGUUUACUUACGAAUGAAAUAAGGCCAUGAGGAUAUUAUACAUGUAGCACGACCCUUCGUGUAAUAUCAAUUAUGUUGUAAACACUCACUGUAUUACUUAUUUAAAGAAAUGAAAGCUAAACAGAUGAAU